CGGCGUCCCGUACAUUACGGCCUGGGCGUCGUCAGCGUGAAACAAACAAACAAGCAAACUGCGUCGUUAACGGAGUUCUGAGGCCUUUAAACUUAAUAAAAAUGCACUCGGUAGCUUUGGACAGCAACGGCUCGCCCAAGAAACGUGCGUUAUCUCGAGGAAUGAGCGAGGAUGAGUCACUCCGAAGUAUAAUAAAGGAGACUGAGAAUUCCUCCAGGCGUCUGACCAGAAGCGACAGCCGAACAGACUCCCUGAAGAGGAGGUCAGACAGUCAGCAAUCGGACCAGGAUCUCCUUGUGGGCCUCCCAGAUGUGUUGGAGCUGCAGGCCAACUACGACGAAGUGGUGCAGGAGUUGCGUGGGGUGGAGAUCGAGCGAGAGGCUCUGUUGUUUCAAGUGGACGUCUUGCAGGACACACUGGUGGGUGUGGAGGAGCUCCUGGCAGAGGCCCAAAGAGAAGCUGGACGGGCUAGUUUGGAGUUGGAACAAGAGAGAGAAGCCAAGAAGAAACUGGAGAAUGUGGUGUACUCGCUGAUGCAAGAGGUGGAGCGAUUAAAAGAGGAGAGGAACACCAGCCCAUCUGCUGCAGUGAACACGCUUUCUACAGAGAAUGGAAGUGAGGUCCAGGAUAUGAGACAGCACCACCGAUUGAAAAACAGCUCAAAGGAGUUGACUAAAGUUUCACACAAACAAGAAAAGGAUUCUUCUUUGUGUGAAGCUUGCAGCAGUAGAAUAUGUGAAACUUCAGAGGACAUUCCACCUGAUGAAGAGAGCAUCCUCAUGAAGCUUCAAAAGAUGAUCAGUAAGCCCAUGGCCCACAUUCCUUCUCUUUCACUGGAUGAACCGGAUCACCAAGACGGGGUCCUCAGGAGGCCUUACGAUGAGGAUGGUCGGGAUCAGUCUCCUGAUAGGAACGACUCUGACAGCAUAAGUACCUAUGAAGAUGCAUCAGCUGACACUCCAGAGCAACAAAGGCUGUUUCCAGGUGCUGCAGAAGCUCUGGAGCUGUCUGAUGAUUCGGCCACUUCAGAAGGAAAUCGAGCUGAGAACAGCCAGGCCAGUGAGGGUGAACCCCGCAAUCCUGAUGCGUGCAUUGUGUCUUAAGCCUGUCUGCCACGCCGUUUAUCCACAAGUGGGUAUGAGGUUGGUGGUAAUUAUUGAUCGAUUUAGUCAGACUCUCAUACUUCCAGUUUAACCACUUAUGAUAUUUAUUUAUAUUCCCGAAAUAAUUCAAGGCCAACAGUGAUGCUCAGCGUUGUUGGAAUACACUGUAGUAGGGUAAAGUGAAUGGUCUACAUAUCUCUUGGUUUUUAACUUUACAAAGAAAGAAGCUCAGGUUCUUGGUGGUUUACAAGCUGGAGUUCUACUGAUGAUACUCUUUAUUUUCCAAUUAGUUCUAACUAAUUUCUAAAACCACAUCAGAGGAAUCGCAAGGGUGAUUAUGUCUUAAUUUCAUUUUAUAUACGUAAAUAGAAAAUACUCGGUGCUGUUUUGACCGUUUGCCUUUUUGAAUGUCAGAGUUCUCAAACUGCUGGAGCAAAAACCAAUUUGCUGGUAUAGAAACAUCUGUGGGCGCCCCAAUUAUUUAAGAAGGGUCUCGGUUCUUCAAAGAAUUUAGAGAACUUUAAGUCAUGAAAGAAGGUCGCUAUUUUUGGUCAUGUUUGACAAAUUUUUAGUCAUCGACAGCUCAGAUACUCUUAAGCACAGAGAUUUAAUUUGUGGUGCGCUAGAUAUUUUACGUAUGGGAAUAAUGUGCCAUGUGUUUACUGCCUCACUGAUCUUUACAUGAAUAUUUUUACCUUUGGGUCCAACUCUCUUCCUGUUUUGAGGGUUUUGGGAAGUGGCUUGGCCACAUUUGCACUUUUUGAAAUUCCUGCUUUAAAGCGUAAUUUACUGAAGCUACACCGAAAGCAACAUUACUUUUUUGUUAUCAGACAUGUUGGAAAGAAAUGAGCUGAGCUGGUGCAGGAUGUGUUUUCGCUGGCCAGAAAUAUGUUUGCACAUUUGGAGUGGAACUUGCUGAAAUUUAUUUGAUUGCUGUACACUUAGAUUUAGUCAUAUGUUUUUUUGUUUUUUAAAUGAUGAUGCAUUUCUUUUUUUAUGCUUGAUAAAUGAACAGGCUCUGUUGUCUCAAUGUGAUAGUGUGCAUGGGUGCCAAGAAUGUUUUUGUUUUGUUUUUUUUUUGUUUUUUAAAUCCUCACAUUGCACAUGAAACACAUUUAUUUAUAAUAUGGCAUGUAGCGCUUUUUACACAUAUAUUCAAUAAUGCAGUUAUACAAGUCAACAUGAUUUUGAUGUCUAAAAAGGAUUUUUUUUUUUUUUUCUUCAUUUAGUUUUGAAUCUUGCAACAAACAAAUAAAUGGCGGGGGAUGUCUUAAUAGUGCCACAUGCAUCUUUUAUACAAAGAAAGUCACAGUUUUGUCAGUUGUUUAUGUAUCAUUUUAUGAUAUGCUGUUUGCAUAGAAAUCAUGCUGUUGGUUUAAGUACCCUUUCAUAAUUUGUAGGCUGGUGUAUUUCUCAGUCUUCUUUCUGGCUGGGUCACAUGCUGUCAUUUGAUGUGCUGGC